AUGCUGGAGGUGAUCCUGGCUUGCGUUUAUUGCUCUGGCAUUGCCGCAUCCGCACUUCUCAGAUCAGAUUACGAUGACUUAUGCUCGUCUGACAAGGCCUGCGAAUCUGGAUUCCAGUGCAUCAACAAAAUGUGCAUUGAACUUUGUCUAGAGCAGAGUCUUUGUCACCCAUCAGCUCGGUGCUACGUACUGAGCACCAAGCCCGUGAGGACCAUGAUUUGUCUGUGUCCACCGGGAACAGUCACUGUCAAGCAGGACGGAAGUUGUAUCACAGCCUGAGACUAAUUUAGCAACAACAACAAAAAAUACAUGUGCAUGUUCGAGGGGAAUUGAAGGAACAACAAGAAAAAAUAAGGCUCAGCAUUUAUACACUAUACUCUUUCAGGUCAUUUCGGAAGCCAGAACACAGCUGUAUAUUCAUAUACUGUAUGAAUCAAACUUCUCAAUUCUUUGUCACGCGCCAGCACACAGAGAGACUGUGCCAUAUAUUGUUUUUAAAAAUGUAUAGAGUUCUCUCCUCUAUAUUUGGAUUGGAAAUACAGUGCUUGGCAUUUUAUAGAUGCA